CGAUUGGUUCUUUGGUAUCGUGGCAACGGGUUGUUUACACCCUACGUCAGCUGUGUAAACAGAGAGGUAAAGUCCUUUUGUUUGGGGCCCUUUUCAGUCGCUUGGUGCUAGAUUCAAACAGUAACGCCGCGUGUACCAGCCAAAACACCGGCCGCCUCAGAAAAAAAGUUGUUGACAAUCUCCCUGAAGCCGUGACAACAGACACAUCAACAAGAUGGCCACUAAGGCACAACAACCGACGAAGGACCCCAUCAACAUUGUUCACCAGCACGCCAUCCUGUGUGAAACCAUCAAAAAGGAAACUCUCAACCAGAAGCUCUACACCAACUAUAGCAUCAACCCUUUCAGGAAAUUGUACACUCUAACAGGGAAACCGAACUCCACACAUGAUUCUGCGGACGGCGAGGAAGAUCCCCAAUUUCUUAAGAUCAUCCGCCGGGCACACAAGGAGCCUGAGAAGAAGUUCAUCUUCCCUCAGACGGAGGCUCAAGAAAUCGGCUGGAUUCACAAACCCUUGAUAAAGCAAGACCGUGAAGACAGACGACUGCACUUCCCCCGCCAGAACUCAGAGAUCACAAAAUACAUGGACGCAGCCUGGAGGCUAAAGGAGCAGACAGAGAACCUACAGUAGAGAAGGACAGUCUGACUAGCUUUGUAACGCUAGUGCAUCUUUAUCAGUGGGGUAGCCUGUAUCCGUCGUUAUAUCAAACUGCAGUAUUUUCAAUUAUUGGGGGGAACCUAUGUCUGUUUCUAUAAGAAACUGCAAUAUUUUCAAACAUCAGAACAUUAUAUUUCCAACAACUGUCUGUCGACUUGAUAUUUUCAAAAACAAUGGCUAUUGCUAUACUGGUUUAACCCCAUGGAUAAAGGUGAACUAGCAUUACAGUAUAGACGGUUGAUACAAUCAGACUAGAUCUAGCUUUGUAACACAACUAAUAGUACAGUAGAAAUUAUGCAGGGACAUGACAGACAAGAAUUCUUUUAAAUGGAUGCCAAAGUACUUAAAAAUGUAUGUAUUUAUACUACAUGUGUAUAAUUAUACAAAUGAUGAAGUGGAGAAUCAAAUGACUCACGCAGCUGUGAACUGUUUUGUAAUCUUCUCAACUUUUUGUUAUCUUACUGAAAGAUACAAAAGUCAUGUAGUUCGUAUUUCAAUGUCAAAAUUGAUCCAAAAACUAUGUAAAACUCGUCAGAAUAUUUUGGUGGUGGAAAAUGGAAAUCAAGCAAAUUGUAAUACCAGACUCAGUAUGUUUCUUGGGAAUCUACAAUGUCAGUACUUUCCUUGGAAGAAAAUGAUACUUGAGUUUAUGUGAAACUGUAUAGGCUGCUAUGAUUUAGGUGGAAGUCAGGUGCCUUUAGACAUUCUUAAAUGUACAUAAAAAUCCACAAUUUUAUCAUCAAGAUGGCAAGUGCCAAUCAAGCUAACACAUCUUACUGUAGUCGAGUUGUUAUAUUGCACUCAGAACCGAACCGAACAAUCAUGGCAUUUUGCACAAGAAACAAUUCAUGUAUCGAUAUUGCAGAUUUAUAUUGCAUUAUUACCAUUCUGCAAACAACAGAAUUAAUGCCAUUUUAUAGUCUUUUAGCCAUACACUCAGUGAAUGUAUAUAUGCUGCAUGUGCGUUGCAUAUACUGUACGACACAAUAAAGUGUGGUUCAAAAUA